AUCUAUCCCUAUCUUCUUCUCUAAUCCAAUUCCCGAAAUGGAGUUCGAAUCCAACAAUAUUUCUGAAGACAACAACAACAAUCACGGAUGGCAAAAGGUUACUUACGCUAAGAAGAACAGGAAGAAUCAGCCUAAGCAGCAGGUGCCUCAACCGAAGGCGCUUCCAAACGGAUCCGUUUUCGCUGGUAAUGAUAAUGUCUUCACUGCUAUUGAGAAGAAAUCGGAGGAGCGUAGGAAGGUUAUAGAAGCAAAGAGAUUGUCGAUUUAUGAUCCUGCUCCUCCUCCGAUUAAAUCGUCAAGGAAGAAGAACUACUCUGAUUAUGAGGACAGCGAUGAAGAGGUUGCCAAUGGUGUGGCUGGGAAUGAUGAUGUUGAGGAGAAGAAGAAGAAACCGAAGAAAGUAAAGAAACCUAAGGUUACAAUUACGGAAGCGGCGGAGAAGAUCGAUGUCGACGACCUGGCUAGUUUUCUGUUGGAGGUGACGACUUCAUUCGAGGCACAGCAAGAUAUACAGUUGAUGAGGUUUGCCGACUAUUUUGGACGUGCAUUUUCUAGCGUGACUGCUUCACAAUUUCCCUGGGUGAAGUUAUUGAGAGAAUCUCUUGUUGCUAAGGUUGCAGAUAAUCCUGUGUCACAUAUUCCUGAGGCUGUUUACAAAACCUCAGUUGAUUGGAUCAACAAACUAUCCAUGGAAGCCCUUAGUUCUUUUCUCCUUUGGUCCUUAGACAACAUUCUUGCUGACUUUGCAAUUCAACAAGGUGGCUCAAAGGGAUCCAAGAAAGUUGCCCAAAAAACACCCUCAAAAUCUCAGGUGGGUCUGUUUGUAGUAUUAGCAAUGGUGUUACGAAGGAAACCCGAUACGCUAAUUACCAGCAAUUUAAAUGACCAUCUAUGUAAAAUGACAUGA